GACCCAGAUGAAGCAAUCGACGUAGACGAAAAUGGGGAACAAGUCGAGUUGAACGUGACCACGACCACCAAACCCACGUUGACAGGCAUACCGCAGAUCGACUACGUGCACGAUCCAAACUUGCCUCGGGAGCUGAACGGUUACAACUUGACGGACUAUCCGUUCCUAAACUCGGUGCCAGAGGAAAUAGAAUUCAAAUGCGACGGAUUGCACGAUGGUUUUUAUGCGAGCGUUCCCCAUAAAUGUCAGCUCUACCAUCACUGUCUGUUCGGCACGAGGUUCGACUUCCUGUGCGCCAACUAUACAGCUUUCGAUCAAAAGACGUUCAUUUGCCAUUUUGUGUCCCAGGUGGACUGCCCAAACUCGGCCAAGUACUUUAGCAGAAAUGACGCACUGUAUAAAGCCGCCGAAACGACGACACUGCCAACGACCACUACGUCCACGACGGCCGCGCCACAACAGCAGCAGCAACAACAACAACAACAACAACUGCAACCACAACAACAGCAGCAGCAGCAGCAGCAGCAACAACAGCAACCGUUCUAUCCGCAGUACCAACAGCAGCAGAUGCCGUACGAAGGGCGCAGGGCCAUGCCGCCAGGUUACGCGCAGGGCCGGAAGCGCAGGCCCACGUACCGGAGGCGCAGGCCCGUGUACGAGUAUUAUUACGUGGACGACUACGACGACCAGCAGGAGUACUACGACGAUAGCGUCGAGCACGUGCCGGUGGCCAAAAAGCCUGUAAGGAAGCAUUCUCGAUUCAACAAUUACAAGCAAGCCGACCUAGAAGCCGAUUACCAGGAAAGCAGUUUGGAAUCGGACGCGCCGCCGAGCGGUAACUUUAAACAACACAGAGGACAACAGCAGCAUGCGCCGCAACAGCAACAACAACAACAACAACAGCAGCAGCAACAACAGCAGCAACAACAACAGCAACAGCCACGGCAGCAGCAACAACCGUCGUCAACCGCAGUGACGAAGAACGUGUCCAAUCAGAUAUCCUCGGUUUACGACAAGCCCAGGGCCCCGCCCAAGAUCCGCCGCCCGGUUCCCAUCAACGAACGGGAUCGAUACGAUUACACGUCUGUUUCCAAGUCUGGCCUACAACCCGGUCCUUCGGCGGCCGCGGCUCCCGUGUCCACCAGCACUACCACCACCACCACCACCACCACAGAAGUUGCGCCGAAGGCCAGAGAACCGCAACGGCCGGCCGCGACCGAGCUGUUGUACUUCGUUCAGUUACGUAGCAUC